AUGGUGUCUAGUAUCCACAAAUUUGCCCAGCAAUUGGGGUCUAGUCAUGUGGUCAUGGGCCAUGCAGAGAAAAGACGUACCGAAAUGCUUGACAAUUCUGCCGACAACGAGCUUGAAUACCAGCAGAAGCGUCUUGAGCGACUUAAACAGGACAACGCAGCCCUUCACACAGCCAUCUCUACCCCUUUUGACCCGAGAAAGUCGAACGUUACCACCGAUCUUGAGCACGGAGUAAAUGUCGGCGCCCCAGACCAUCAGAAAAUAAUGAGAAGACGAAGCCCAAUAACUAAACGAAUCAAGAAUUUUAGGCGUAACCAAAAACAAUCGAAGAUUCAGCUUUUGAAAGAGGAAAGAGACCGCUUCGACGCCAUGAGAAAAAUCCAACGAAUCGGACUGCUCUGGUGCGUUGGAGCCAUCGGUUUCUGGAAAGCCGAACAACACACACAAGGGCUUUCCUACUUCCAAGCUCUCUAUUUCUGCUAUGUCUCUCUCUUGACUAUCGGAUACGGCGAUCUUUCACCCACCUCCAACGCUGGAAAACCAUUCUUCAUCGUCUGGUCCCUCAUCGCCGUCCCUACCAUGACAAUUUUAAUCAGUGAUAUGGGCGAGACCGUUAUCGCUUCCUUUAAGCGUGGUACUUUCACUCUCGCUGACUGGACCGUUCUCCCAAAAGCAGGCGUCUGGCGUGACUUUUGCGAAGCGCAUCCCUGGCUCCUCCGUUGGAUGCAGAAACGCCAGAUUAAAGAAGCAGAGAAAGAGCAGGCCCGUCGCAUCGCCGAGGGUUUCCGCGCCGGCCCCGCUGACGAAGACGUGGAUGUGGACGUAUGCGGACCCACCCUUGACGAGCUUGCUCAGCAGGGCCCCUUAGAUGAGCCAGCCAUGGCAAGCAAAUUAGCGCUUGCGAUCCGUCGAGCUGCCAACGAUCUCAACUCUGAUCCGCCCAAAAGGUAUACGUACGAGGAAUGGGCGGACUUCACAAGACUUAUAAGAUUCACAAAGCUGGAUCAAGAGGAGUUAGAGGAGGAAGAGGAGGAUACAGGUUUGGUCGAAUGGGACUGGAUUGGGGAGGACAGUCCGAUGCUAGCUCAGAAAAGUGAAAGUGAGUGGAUUCUAGACCGGUUAUGUGAGAGUCUUGGGAGGUACAUGAGGAGGGCGAAUUUUGGGCAAAAGCAGAGGGGAAACGUCGGGUUAGAACAGGAUAAAAAGGUGGUUUGA